AUGGUCAGUUCUGUGGUUAUCCAGGAGACAGUUGGCCAAAUUCUAUCCGGUCUGGUUCACAGGUAUGAGGGCAAAGAAGACUCAAAUCCAAAUGAUAACUUGGAGAGGCUGGAGAUGGCGCAUAUCAAGCUGGAGGCAGCUCUUGAGACAUCCAGUAAGUGGCAGAUCACUGAUUCGUCGUUGUUGCGUUGGCGCAAGAAGCUGAAGCGUGCUGCUCAAGAGUGCGAUGACACACUGUACGGAUACAAGAAGAUAAUCCUUGAAGAAGAACAGAUGGAACAGGAGGUGAGGAAUUCUUCCUUUCCUAGACGAAUAGCACAUGCUACCAAAUCUUUUAUUUUCUCUGCCUUUGGCCGCAACAACUAUGAGUCCAGCAGAUCUGUUGUUAGAAGAUUCGAGUGGUUUGCAAAUAGUGCUAGUGAGUUUCUGAGAUUCAUGGAGCUUGGUGGCACACCAUCCCGUCAGAUGUCAUUCAACUCUUUUGUCAAGCACCUUUUUGCAGGCAGGGAACUACAACACAAAAUUGUCCGUGGAAAUGAGUACCCUUUGUUUCUAUUAUGGUUGGUGCCCUUUGCUACGAAAGAACAUGGAAUAGAAGUUUGCCUGGUAUUUAUCAAGAAAGACAGAAAUACACUUGAAGAUAACUUCUUUUUUGGUGCAAUGCUGCAGAUAUCAGAAAGCACAGACAUUGUUGGGACCGUAGUGAACUGCCUGCAGCUCUUCCCUCCUUGUUUCCAGCCUACAGUUGAAACCAUCAAGAAAGAGCUCACUCAGCUACCUACACAGGACUUCUCAUGGGUGCCAUAUGUUGAUCUAUGGCACAGAAAACACUGGGACAAUCUUCAUAGUUUUAGCACUCAAUGGUUUCGUCCAGACCCAUUAUGUUGCAAGCAGCAUGAUCAGCAUAAGGUUGGCCAUAUUAGUAACCUAGGCACUGUAGAUGCUUCUCUGGAUUCAAUUAUUGUAGUAAAUUUGCAGUGUCAGAUCUCACUAUCCGAGCACAAUAAACAACGGACCUCACUGUCUGAAUACAAAUAUUCUCUGCACGAUUAUCAAAAGCUGAAAGCUGGACUCCUCUUUACUCCCCAUGGUUCUUCAGAAAACAUGCUACCUGCGGAUAGAAGUUCUACAAUGGCGCCGAUCUUCAGGAGGCGACACCAUUGCGAGCAUACUGACAUUACCUUGGAACAACUGAAAGAGAUCAUGCUGCCAAAGGCGAUAGAUUACUUCCAACAAAACACUGAAGCGACAGUCUACCAAAUACUUUGGAAGGCUAUACAUGGCACUGCAUACGUUCAUUUAGGAAAGCCAAGCAUGGAGGCUCCAGGUGCACGGAGAACUUUUAAGGGAGCUAGGAAAAGAAAACUGGUGCAACAAAAGGAUCAGGAGCUUCAGCAUCGGACACGUAUGAUCCCUCACUUUAUCGACUUAUGGGGUGCACAUGCGCCUGUUCGGCUACAAGGCUUGAUCUUGGACUGGAUUCAGAAAGAAAAGGAAAGUCAGUUAGCAGCACCAGUAACAUACCUGAAAUUCUAA